ACUCAUCCUUCUCAGAUUAGCGUCUUUACUCAAUGUCCCUAACCGUUCAUCUCAACCUUAAUCUCAGUUUUUAUCUGCCUCUGGUCCCGCACCCGUAAAGGCACAGACCCGAAACGAGAGACCGGUCCUUUAAAGCUGUUUACCAAAGACUUCUGCGCCUAAACGUGGAGAAACUAUUAUACAAGCAGAAAAGUCGUUACUCUCCUAAUUCUGGUAAAGUAUUUUUUCUCGUCCCAAUUUGACCAUGUUGAUCUGGAGAUUAGAGCAAUCUGAUUAGCGGUUUCACCUGGGCGCUACGCAGCGCGGGUUUGUGGAUCUACCGGUUGUCAGCAGUUAUUCUCUUCAUUCUCUAAAUGUUGGAUACACUGGAAUUCUUUUUUCCUGAGGCCCCUUCCAACUUUAAAAGCCCCAGAAGGGGUUAAAGCUGCGCAGGCGCGCAGUCAUGACGACCGGCAGCCAGAUACGGCUUUUGCUAUGGAAGAACUGGACACUCCGGAAGCGUCAAAAGGUUCGCUUCCUGGUGGAGAUCCUGUGGCCAGUUAUUUUGUUCAUUGGUCUGGUGUGGAUGAGGAAAGCAAACCCCUUAUACCGCCAACAUGAGUGUCAUUUCCCAAGCAAGGCGAUGCCCUCUACUGGAAUCUUACCAUGGAUUCAGGGCAUCUUUUGCAAUGCAGAAAAUCCAUGCUUUCGACACACUACACGCGGAGAAACUCCUGGCGUGGUGUCUAACUACAACAACUCUGUGCUGGCUCGGUUCUAUGCUGAUUCUCAAGAGCUGCUCCUAAAUGAGCCAGAGUUACAGCAGUUGGGCCAACUGUGGGAAGAACUCUCUGUCAUGGCCAACUUCAUGGACAUCCUACGCAAUCAACCAGAUCGCGUCGCAGGCCAUGGGCUGAAGAUUGAGGACAUCCUGAAGGAUGAUGAGACCCUCACGUCGUUCCUUCUGCGCGAUGCUGGACUCUCUGACUCAGUAGUGGAUGAACUGGUCAAUGCCCAUGUCAGAGUCGAGCAGUUUGCGUAUGGCGUGCCGGACCUGACUCUGAAGAAGAUUGCAUGCAGCCAGGAGCUGUUGGAGCGCUUCAUCAUCUUCCCGAGCCGCCGUGGCCUCCACGGAGUCCGCAACGCCAUGUGUGCCCUCUCACAGGCACGCUUGCAGAAGGUCGAAGACUCCCUCUAUGCCAAUGUGGACUUCUUCAAGCUCUUCCGUUUGCUACCAACUGUCCUUGGUGAUGGCACUACUGGUGUGGACCUGCGUCACUGGGGGGUUGUCCUCUCUUCUGUAUCCGACAAGGUUCAAGAGCUGGCUGAGAGAAGUAGUUCCCAGGACCUCCUGAAGGUGGUGUCCCCACUCUUCCAGUCUGGCGGUUCAGCCCCCUUUAGCCAGUUGAUGAGGAUAGUGUCGGACCUGUUCUGCGGGUACCCUGAGGGGGCAGGCAGCCGUGUCAUGUCCUUCAACUGGUAUGAGGACAACAACUACAAGGUCUUCCUGGGUGUCAACAAAUCCAAGAGUCACGACAGCUACGUCUACGAUGACGGCUCCACUCCCUUCUGUAACGGCCUGAUGCAGACCCUGGAGUCCAACCCUAUCACUAAGAUUGUGUGGAAUUCUGCUAAGCCACUGCUGAUGGGGAAGAUCCUCUACGCUCCUGACUCUCCUGCUGUGCGCAGGAUCCUGAAGAGUGCCAACACAACCUUUGAGGAGCUGGAACGGCUGUUUAACAUGGGCCGGGCCUGGGAGGAAGUGGGGCCGCAGCUGUGGAACUUCUUUCAUGAUAGCCUCCAGAUGAACAUGAUCCGUGACACUCUCGGGCACCCCACAGUAAUGGACUUCCUGGACCGCCGACUAGAGGACACGGAAUUAUCCACCCGACACAUCCUCAACUUCCUGUUUAAUGGCCCAGAGGAGAAGCGUGAGGCUGGAAUGCCCAGUUUAGACUGGAGGAACAUCUUCAACAUGACGGAUCAGUUCGUCCACACCUUCAACCAGUAUGCUCAGUGCAUAAAACUGGAUAAGUUUGAAGGCCUUGAGGACGAGGACCAGGUGUCUCACAAAGCACUGUACCUGCUGGAGGAGAACAAGUUCUGGGCAGGGCUCAUCUUCUUGGACAUAAUGCCCUGGACCGAAGCACUGCCUCCCCACAUUAAGUUCAAGAUCCGCAUGGACAUAGACGCCGUGGAGCGCACCAACAAGAUUAAGGACAGGUACUGGGACCCAGGACCUCGUGCUUCUGCCCUGGAAGACCUGCGCUAUAUCUGGGGAGGCUUUGCGUACCUACAGGACAUGGUCGAGCAUGGCAUCCUGAAGCUGCAGACUGGCAAUGACUGGCCACUGGGGGUCUACAUGCAGCAGAUGCCGUACCCCUGCUAUGUGGAUGACCUCUUCAUGAUCACGCUGAACCGCUGCUUCCCCAUCUUCAUGGUGCUGGCCUGGAUCUACUCCGUCUCCAUGACGGUGAAGAGCAUCGUCCUGGAGAAGGAGCUGCGUCUGAAGGAGACGCUCAAGGCCAUGGGUGUGGCCAACGGCGUUCUCUGGUACACCUGGUUCAUUGACAGCUUCCUCAUGAUGACCCUCAGCACCACACUGCUCACCUGGAUCAUCAUGGCUGGCAAAGUUCUGAACUACAGCAACCCCAUCGUCCUCUUCCUGUUUCUGUUGACCUUCACCUUGGCGACCAACAUGCAGUGCUUCCUGAUGAGUGUCUUCUUCAACAAGGCCAACCUGGCGGCGGCCUGCAGCGGCAUCAUCUACUUCACCCUCUACCUGCCACACAUCCUCUGCUUCGCCUGGCAGGAUCGCAUCACCAGGGAGAUGAAGAUGGGAGCCAGUUUACUAUCCCAGGUGGCGUUUGGCUUUGGGACGGAGUAUCUGUCUCGUUAUGAGGAGCAGGGACUCGGCCUGCAGUGGCACAACAUCCUCACCAGCCCACUGGCGGGGGACAAGUACUCCUUCAUGACCUCCAUCAGCAUGAUGUUGCUGGACGCUGUCAUUUAUGGCUUCCUGGCCUGGUACCUGGACCAUGUCUUUCCAGGUCAAUAUGGAAUCGGCCGGCCAUUCUACUUCCCCCUGCAGCCCUCGUACUGGAGAGCCUCAGAGUCAUCUGCUAACCUCGAGGAUGAGAUGCCGAUGAUGGAGAACAUUGGGCAACCGGAGGAUGUGGAGAGUGGACCCCCCUCCCCGGUGCAUUGUAACGGCUCGGCCUCCAGGAAGCAGUGUAAGCACCAGGGGAAGCGCGAGAGGAUGGAGAGAGAGCGGGAGGAGCAGCAACGCAGACAGGAGGGCGAAGAGGACCAAGAUGGAGACAAUCAGCCCCAGGAACCAGUCUCCUGCUUCGAGGCCGAUCCCCUGGGGCUGCCCAUGGGGGUGCGUGUGGAGGACCUGGUGAAGGUGUACUCGGGGAGCCCACGGGCGGCUGUGGACUGCCUCAACAUCACCUUCUUUGAGGGCCAGAUCACCUCUUUCCUUGGACACAACGGGGCUGGAAAGACCACCACCAUGUCCAUUUUGACUGGUAUGUUCCCGCCCACCUCUGGCACAGCCUACAUCAAUGGCAGGGACAUCCGCACAGAUAUGGACGCCAUCCGGCGGUCAAUGGGGACGUGCCCUCAGUACAACAUCCUCUUCAACCAUCUGACAGUGGAGGAGCACAUCUUCUUCUAUGCGAGGAUGAAGGGCCGCUCCAACGCAGAGGCACAGCAAGAGGUGGAGUCCAUGUUGGAGGACCUGGGGCUGCCUCACAAGCGUCACGAACAGGCCCAGAACCUGUCAGGGGGAAUGCAGAGGAAGCUGUCUGUUGCUAUGGCAUUUGUUGGUGGGUCAAAGGUCGUGAUUUUAGAUGAGCCAACAUCAGGAGUAGACCCUUACUCCAGGAGAUCCAUCUGGGAUUUGCUUGUCAAGUAUCGCUCAGGUCGGACAGUGAUUCUGUCCACCCACCACAUGGAUGAGGCUGACCUCCUCAGUGAUCGCGUAGCCAUCAUCUCCAAGGGAAAGCUGUACUGCAGUGGGUCCCCGCUCUUCCUGAAGAACUGCUUCGGCGUGGGCUUCUACCUGACACUGGUGCGGCGCGUGAAGGAACGGCCGACCAGGAAAGAGAGUGGCUGUGACUGUGCCUCAGAGUGCUCCUGCAACUGCUCCACCUGCACCCGACACAAGGAGGAGAGCGAGGGCUCCCAGCACCUGGAGAGGGUUCUGGAGGGUGAUGUGGAGAGCAUCACCAGCCUGAUCCACCACCACGUCCCCGAGGCCAAGCUCAUCGAGAUGGUUGGCCAGGAGCUGACCUACCUGCUGCCCAAUAAAGGCUUCAAGCAGCGGGCGUAUGCCAGCCUGUUUCGCGAGCUGGAGGAGAUGCUGGCAGACAUGGGCCUCAGCAGCUUCGGCAUCUCUGACACCUCACUGGAGGAGAUUUUCCUAAAGGUCACUGCUGAUAGCGAGGGGGGAAAAGCCGCCAAUGCUCCAGGCGUGGAUGCGAACGGGCAGCCCCACACUGGGGAGACGGACAACAUUGCUGGGCGGGGAUCCAGACAGGUGAAAGGACUCGGCCUCAUCGCGAAGCAGUUCCACGCCCUGCUGGUCAAGCGCCUCCACCACUCCAUGCGCAGCUACAAGGACUUCCUGGCCCAGAUUGUUUUGCCUGCGUCGUUCGUGCUGGUGUCUUUGAUCUUCACCAUGAUAGUCCCUCCAUUUGGAGAACACCCCAGCCUGACGCUCACGCCCUGGAUGUACGGACCGCAAAUCACCUUCUUCAGUAAUGAGAGGCCAACUCAUCCAAAGAUGAACCACUUCACUCAAGUGCUCCUGACCCCGCCUGGCUUGGGGACACGGUGCAUGUUUGACCAACCGCUGGGGAACCUCACGUGUAGCAACUCCACCAGUGAGUGGGCUGUCCCUCCUGUGGACCCGGCGGUCACGAACAUCCUCAUGAGCCCUGACUGGUCUGCGCUAAACCCCUCCCCUUCCUGUCAGUGUAGCUCAGAUAAGAGGCUGACCAUGCUGCCCGACUGUCCAUUAGGAGCUGGAGGACUGCCCCCACGGCAGAGAAUUGAGCGCUCAGGGGACACCAUGUUGGAUCUGACCAACAGGAACAUCUCAGAUUACCUGGUGAAGACGUACCCUACUCUCAUCCGCGCCAGUUUGAAGAGCAAGUAUUGGGUGAAUGAACAGAGGUACGGUGGGAUUUCUGUCGGAGGCCAGCUGCCCAUCCUCAAUGUGAACCCCAGAAACAUCCAGGACAUUUUCAGCCAGCUCGGGGGCAUGAUGAAUGUCACUGGGGGUACCUACACAAAGCUCGCCCUGAGAGAGAUCGGCCCAUUUCUCAGAUACAUGGAGAGUGAAUAUAAUGUGAAGGUGUGGUUCAGCAACAAAGGCUGGCACGCCAUGGUGUCCUUCCUGAAUGUGGCCAACAACGCCAUCAUGAGGGCUCACCUUCCCUUCCACGCCAACCCAAGUUCUUACGGCAUCACCACCAUCAACCACCCACUCAAUCUCACCAAAGACCAGCUGUCAGAAGUCACUGUCCUGAAGACCUCUGUGGAUGCAGUGGUGGCCAUUUGCGUGAUCUUCGCCAUGUCCUUCAUUCCAGCAAGCUUCGUCCUCUACCUCAUUCAGGAGCGAGUCACUAAGGCCAAGCACCUGCAGUUCGUCAGUGGCGUCAGCCCCUUGGUCUACUGGGUGGCCAACUUCUUCUGGGACAUGAUGAACUACACUAUCAGCACUGCUAUGGUGGUGGCCAUAUUUGUGGGGUUUGACAAGAAGUGCUACACGUCACCUGACAACCUCCCAGCCCUGGUGGCUCUCCUACUCCUGUAUGGGUGGUCAGUGACGCCAAUGAUAUACCCCCUGUCCUACCUGUUCAACGUCCCCAGCACGGCUUAUGUCUCACUCUCCUGCAUCAACCUCUUCAUUGGCAUCAACAGCAGCGCUCUCACCUUCAUCCUGGAGCUCUUUGAAAAUAAUCUGCCACUGCUGGCGUUUAAUGAGGUCCUAAAGAAGGUCCUGCUGGUGUUCCCCCACUUCUGCCUGGGCAGAGGGCUCAUCGACAUGGCCAUGAACCACGCUGUCACCGAGGUCUACGCACGCUUCGGGGAGGACUACAAAAUGGAUCCGUUCAAGUGGGACUUUGUCGGGAAGAAUCUUUGUUUCAUGGCUGUUGAGGGCUUUGUGUACUUCACCCUCAACAUCCUCAUCCAGUACAGAUUCUUCCUGAACCACUGGACGUCAGACGUCAGGGGGCCUCCAGCCAAGGAUGACGAUGAGGAUGUUGCCCGAGAGAGGCAGCGCAUCCGGGAGGGAGGCAGCAAGAAUGACAUCCUGCUUAUCCGCGACCUGUACAAGACAUAUGGCAGUAAGAAAAGACCAGCAGUGGACAGGAUCUGUGUUGGUGUACCAGCUGGAGAGUGCUUCGGGUUGCUGGGAGUGAAUGGCGCCGGGAAGACCACUACGUUUAAGAUGCUGACGGGAGACACAGACGUGACCUCAGGAGACGCCUCUGUGGCAGAUUACAGCAUCCUCAGCAACAUUCUGGAUGUGCACCAGAACAUGGGCUACUGCCCACAGUUCGACGCCAUUGAUGAUUUGCUGACUGGCCGAGAGCACCUUUUCCUGUACGCGCGAUUGCGAGGCGUACCUGAGGGCGAGAUCAACAGGGUGGCAGAGUGGGGUAUCCAGAAACUGGGUCUGUCGGAGUAUGCCGAGCGAUGUGCCGGCACCUACAGCGGUGGCAAUAAGCGGAAGCUUUCCACAGCCAUUGCCAUGAUCGGCUGUCCAUCCUUGGUGCUACUGGAUGAGCCUACCACCGGAAUGGACCCCCACUCACGGCGCUUCUUGUGGACGGCCAUUCUGAGCGUGAUCAGGGACGGUCGAGCAGUGGUCCUCACCUCCCACAGCAUGGAGGAGUGUGAGGCCCUCUGCACCCGCCUGGCCAUCAUGGUCAACGGCACGUUCAAGUGCCUCGGCAGCAUCCAGCACCUCAAGUACAAGUUUGGUGACGGAUACGUCGUCACGCUGAAAAUCCGGGCGUCUAAGCCGGGUGUUCCGCCGGAGCUGGCCCCAGCGGAGGCCUUCAUCGAGAGCAGCUUCCCCGGCUGCGUGCAGCGAGAGAAACACUACAACACGCUGCAGUACCAGAUCACCUCCUCCUCACUGGCCCGCAUCUUCCAGCUCGUGCUCUCCAACAAGGAGCGGCUCCACAUAGAGGACUAUUCCGUGUCCCAGACCACCCUGGACCAGGUGUUUGUGAACUUCGCCAAACAGCAAGCUGGUGAGGAUGAUGACCAGCGCCCCCCUCAGCCACGCAAGACUAAGAAAAUUGCCCCGCUAAAAAAUUUUGGGAGGAGGAAAUAAAUAUAUCCAAGUUAAAGGAACCCCUGCAAAGAAACAGGGAAGGGAAACUAGGUGAAAAUGUACCCGAUGCCGAUGGUGAACAUUGUUAUGGAUCUGAUGGAAUCCCCUAAGUCAAGUGUGAUCUCAGAACAUGACACUAGACAGUGAUUACCUCUACAUUUCCAAUGUCAUCCGAGUAUUCUGUGACUUUUUUUGCACAUGAAUGUUGAUAAGUGAAAAUGAGUCAUCAUGUAAGAAUGCUCAUUAUAAUGUAGCUCCUCACUUUGAUCUCACAUAACAGAAACAUUUUGUCAUGAUAGUCUGUGAUCGGUUUUUACGAGUUUAAGAGGGAGAUUUGUAUCUUUUUUUAUCUCUGUGUCAAAUGCUCUGUAGCAGUCCUGCUGUAUCCAGCAGUGCAGCAUCACUGAACUGAACUCACUGUGCCACAGGGAUAUAGACAAAUAUACCCACUGGAGUCCCUCUCAUCAUGCCAAACCUCAUGAUGACUCUUAUCAAAGUUAUGAUCCACGGGAAAAAAUUCCAGGGAAAAUUGAUUGGUAAAGUUAACAAAACGUUUAAUAGACAAUAUCUUAUUGUAUAAUAAUGUAAAAAAUGAGUACACACAAUUCUUGUAUGUGUAUUUGUAAAUAGUUUUGUCUCUUUCUAAAGGAGUUCAGUAUAUUUUCUUUAUGAUUUAAUGACACACUUUGUCACAUCUGUUAUGUUGAAACAUGGCCAAAAGGAACAGUAUCUCACUACAGGUAAUUAAGAACAUGAAUUAAACUAUAUGAGCAGUGAAUGACAUGAUAUUGUAGCAUGAGCAAUGAAUGACACGAUAUUGUAGCAUAAUAUCAUUUUAUUAUACAGUAUUGCGUGUAUAUCCUUUCUAGUCUCUGUCUGUGGAAGGAUUGUAGGAAUACCACUACAAAAGCAGGAAAAAGUCAAAGUGUGCACUCCCUAGCAUGUACAGCGAUGUAAAUACAUUCUGUCUGGGUGGGCACUUUGCAGCAUAUGCAGCUACACAAAUAGAUCAUGUCCAAGUGUGCACUUCCCAACAUUUCAACAGUUUCACAAACAUAUCCUGUCCACAUGUGCUCUCUAAAGUCUGGAAAGCUACUCUUCAAAACUGACAAGUCAACAGCAUUUCACACAAAAGAAAAUUAUUGCUUGCGAACUAGGUUUAGCCUAGUGACGGUAACAUGUCUUGUGUGAUUUGUCAUACAUGAAAUGAAUAAAGGAUUUAAUUAUUAAAGGAAAAAAGAAACAAAAA